GGAGUGGUGAAGCGAGUGCAUGACUUGAGUAAAGGAAGAAGUGAAUAGAUGUACAGUGUGUGUUGGAAAAAUAAACACAGCAGCUUCUCCAGGCAAGGUGAAGUGUCCUCCAUCAUUGUUCAACUGCUGAAAGGGCGACGGGUGUUAAACCUGGAGCAAGAAGCGGCUUCAGCCCGGGAGGAAGACAGGCAUCUCACCUGUACCUCCCGACUACGGUCUCCGUGGUAACCGAGCAGGACAGGUUAACACGGAGGUUUCCGCUAAUCGUCAACAAGGAAGUCAAGAGCUGGUGAUAUAAACAACACAGUGAAUAUGCCUCCAGCAUCAGCAGUACAAGGAGUAGACUCUUAUCCAGACAGAGUGUGGGGCUUAAGUUUGCUGCUGGGAACAGACUAUGAAAGGAAGAAACAGAAACUCAACCAGGAGCGUCAGCAGGAAUACCAACUUUACAUUGCCAAGCAAAAGGAUGGGAAAACCAGUGAACCUCGUCCACAACCACAAGUUUUCUCCCUACCUAUUAUUGAGAAGAAAACAGCUCAGGAAAAGCUGAGAGAGGAUAGGAAGAAAGAAUACAACCUCUUCCUCAAGGAAAAGGCUCAAAGCAGAAGGUUUAAGAGGGGAACUUCUCCUAUUACCUUUAAGCCUGGACAGGUGCAAUCUUCAGAUGCUGCACACACUUCUUCUCCAGCUUCUCCCCUGCCCACCUCCAACAACCACACAAACAGGCCCCCUCCAAUCCGGAGGGUCCCUGCUUCCAAGAGAGACGCUGCCAUGUGGACUGAGGCAGGGAAUAAUGGAAAAAGCAGAGGGACUUGGAAUCGAAGCCAACGUCGGCAAGCGCACGGGCUACUCUACAGACCAGUAGAGCCCUGUGACUCUGAGGAGGAGUCACUCACAGACAGAGAGGAGCUGGAUUUUAGACACAGGAGGAGAAAGGACAGAAACCCUCCAGAGUCUGAGGGCGAAGAAGAGAGGAGAGAAUGCAGAGCAAACAGAGCUCGUCAGGACAAACAGGAGAUGGAGGCCCCUACUGUUCAUGAUCAGAACAACAACGAUUUGCUUUGGAACUCAGACCUGCACAUGCAAGACAGUAUGAGGAGGGCUGCAAGAUAUGGUCCUGUCACCAACAAGGAUAAAGCUGAGUUUGCUACUGGAUUACUUAUUGGUGCACCAGAAGAGAAGGGGGCCUCUCAGAGGAGGAAAGAACAGUAUAAGCAGGAGCUUCUGAAACAAAUUGCUGAGAAGAAGAGGAACAAGUUUAGGGAGAAGAAACUUCAGCUCAGGGUUGGAGCCACUGGAGCCACAGACCCUGAAAAGAAGCCUGAGCGAAUCAAGCAGUUUGGAGCUGUCAAUCGGCGACACGUCAGCUCGAGACGAGAUGUUCCCUACACGCUUGGGGUAGAUCUGGAGGCCGAGGAGAUGGAACCAAAUCCACAGAGAGGGCCCCCGGGAAAGUUCCAGGUGGACCCCAGCACAGCUCUCGGUCGGCUGCCAGGAAACACAGAGCCAGCACAAGGUGUCCCCUCACUGGGUUAUUUUAAUGAUGACUACCACAGGGGCUUUUCCAACAUGCUAGGAGAGGUGACCAUUCCAAGGGUUGCUGGUGUUCCUCCUCCAAUUCCUCCCACCGUAAAUGAUAUUUACAGGACUCCAUAUGAUGCAGCGUAUUAUUAUUAUGGUUCAAGAAAUCCACUGGAACCGAAUCUUCCUCAUCAUCAAAAUUCUCAGCAUGGAUGGGUGCAGCAGCCUGGGACUCUCCAGCCUCCUCUGUUACCUGGUCGCCGCACUGAGUCAGUGUCCAUCAUGAGUCACAUUGGAGAGCUUCCUGAAGACAAGUCCAAGAAAAGGAGAGAGAGUGAAGUGAGUCACCAGGAGGCCCUCAAGCAGCAGAUCAAAGAAAGUGAGGAGCGUAAAAGAAGAGAAAAAGAAGAGAAGUUGCGAUAUGAAGCCGAGACAGAAGCCGAGAUGGUGGUGUACAACCCCUGGGGACGAAGCGGGGGAGGCGCUCCGAUUAAAGACCAAAAGGGCAAUCUUAUUAGCGACUUGGAUCAAAUGCACAGGAUCAAUAUGGAGUUGAACAAGAAUCCUGUGCUCAAGAAUCGUGAGCAAAACCUCUUAAAGAGGAAUGGAGACACUCCUGGAGACGAAGUCAGGGCUCCACAGCGACUCAACGCGCAGGAAUCAUACAAAGUAGACCUGAAACAGCAGAUGGAGGAAAACAAGAGAAAGAAGGAGAAGGAGACAGAAAGAAAGAGGAUGGAGGAGGAGAAAGAUAUGAGGAGGAUAGUGGAGGAAUGUGCUCGCCUCCAGCAGAAAUAUGAUGAGGAGCAUAGAAGGCACAAAGAGAAGGUAAAGAGUAGUUCCAAUGAACCUGACACACAUUGUCAGGAGGAGGAAAAGAAGGUGAAGCAGGAACAAGAGACGGUGGAAAAGGUGCCUCGGAGCACCAGGGACAGAGAGGCGAAAACCCCACCUUUGAGUUACAAGCAGCGAGAGAAGUCUCCUCCCAUCCCAACCCUGCAGAGGAAGACAAACAUUGUGGCAUCCAGACCUUCCUCUGAUGAGCGCACUGUGUCGGCACCACACUCAGUCCCUGUGAAAAUGCCCCCACCACGAGACCCUAAAGAUGAAGUGAUCAGAGAGCUGUCAGUCCUUCGCAGGCACCUGAGGAAAGAGCAAAUGCAACUGGAGGCUCAGAUGAACCAAACUGAUCGACAGGAGAGGAGCCACACUCCCUCCAUCAGGAGCAGCAGACGACCCAGAGGAGCUGCUGCUGCUGCGCACAGGGACGUCGAGCAGCCGCCAACGUCGAGAACUGACUCAGUCACUGCUCCAGUUAACACAAAAAACAUCUACUCAUCAUCUCGUGCGGAGGUCCUCCGGAUGUUCCCCGCCACCGCCGCUGAUGUACAGACUCUGGACGUCCAGCAGCAGGCCCUUCUCCAAGAGUACAGACGCAAAAUCAGCCUCAUGAGGAUACGAGAACACGGUGACCGUGACCUCUGGAACGUGUAUCUGAACUGUUAUCAUCAUACGAACAAACCUACGCCCUUCAUCCUCAAUGACUCCUUGCUUCCAUCUGAGUCAACUCUUUCAGAUGGUUACGGCGGGGACAUUUGUGGACAGCAGGCUCAUCAGCGGGGAUCCCCUCAGCCGUCAGCAGAGCACCAAGAGAGGACGCCCCAACGGAGGACACAAGAUAUUUUCGUGAAUCAGAGGGAGCGAGACAUUGAGCCAGAUGUUGAGCCAGAUGCUGAGUCUCCGAAGUUGCCGACCAGUCAGAACGAGAGGCUGUCCGUUGACGAGGGGGACUUCUGGUCUCUGCGUUCUGCCCCGGAGAGGCGUGUCUCCGUGGAGAGCAUCGCCACGGAGCCCUGGCUGCGGCCCGGCACCUCGGCUACUAUGAAAGGCUCAGCCUGUAGAAAGAGGCUGGAUACUCCACCACCGGGGCUCACACACCGCGUCACGUAGCUCGUGUCCAAGGAGGGAAAACAGCACCUAAAGUUUGCUGACCUCACGUCUCUGUAUGUACAAGUGGUGGACAAUAAAAAGCUUAAGAGAUAACAGAGUCUGUGGGUAAGAAAUAUGCUGUAAUUUGAGUUAUGUUUAGCUAAUAUAUGUUACAGAGACUAUUUUCUAAUAAAACAAAGUCCUUAUUCGA